AGCUCCUUUCGUACCAUCCGAGCACCAUCCAUGCUCGGCCAAACCUGCUCUCUACAUUCGCACUAGCAGAGCCAACGGUGCGUUUGCAAGGAGUUUUCUGAAGCCCUAGCUCUCGAAAUGAAACCCUCCAACUCGAAGAGGAAGAGGGGUCGCAAACCCACGACGCCUGUUGCGGAGACCAUGGAUCUGCAACUCCCGUCUUCUUCCCUUGCAGCCGACGAGGCCCAGGUCUUGCCCGCCGACUCCUCCCCACAACCCACCUCCCGACUAUCUCGCGGUCGGCCUCGUAAAACUCGCCGUCAUAGCAUCCCUAACGAAGAUGUCGCCAGCGCGGACGGCAAACUGCCGCCUUCGUCGCUUAAACGUGGGCCGCAGCACAUCUUCGCUAGCAACGGUGAGCGCGCGGAUUUGGUGAUGGUUACCGCCGCCGGGGAGCCACUGCCGAGGUGGGACCAGGUGGUGAAGGCAGUUCCCUCCAUGGAUGCGGUAGUUAAAGUUUUCUGCGUCCACACGGAGCCCAAUUUUUCGCUGCCUUGGCAGCGGAAACGGCAGUACAGCUCGAGCAGCAGUGGUUUUAUCAUAGGAGGUAGGCGGGUGCUGACGAAUGCACACUCGGUGGAGCAUUAUACUCAGGUUAAACUGAAGAAGAGGGGCUCUGAUACUAAGUAUUUGGCUACGGUGUUGGCAAUUGGCACUGAGUGCGAUAUAGCCAUGUUGACAGUCAAUGAUGAUGAAUUCUGGGAGGGAGUUUCCCCAGUUGAAUUUGGUUCUCUACCUGCACUCCAAGAUGCUGUUACUGUUGUUGGUUACCCGAUUGGAGGAGACACAAUCUCUGUUACUAGUGGUGUUGUGUCACGUAUGGAAAUCUUAUCAUAUGUUCAUGGCUCAACUGAGUUAUUGGGCUUGCAGAUAGAUGCUGCCAUAAACUCUGGAAAUUCUGGUGGCCCUGCCUUAAAUGAUAAGGGCAAAUGUGUUGGUAUAGCAUUUCAAUCCCUUAAACAUGAAGAUGUGGAAAAUAUUGGCUAUGUUAUCCCAACUCCUGUAAUUCUGCAUUUCAUCAAUGAUUAUGAAAAGUCAAGUGAAUAUACAGGUUUUCCUAUACUUGGGAUUGAGUGGCAAAAGAUGGAAAACCCUGACCUGCGCAAGGCGAUGGGAAUGAUGCCUGACCAGAAGGGUGUUCGUGUUCGUAGAGUAGAGCCUACAGCACCAGAGUCAGAGUUUUUGAAACAAUCUGACAUUAUUCUGAGCUUUGAUGGAGUUGACAUUGCUAAUGAUGGAACUGUUCCUUUCAGGCAUGGUGAACGCAUCGGGUUUAGUUACCUUGUUUCUCAGAAGUAUACUGGAGAGACUGCUCUAAUCAAAGUAUUACGCAAUGCUAAGGUUCAUGAGUUUAAUAUAAGACUUGCAACCCACAAGAAGCUUGUUCCAGCUCACAUUAAGGGCAGGCCUCCAUCAUAUUACAUAAUUGCUGGAUUUGUUUUCACUGCCAUAUCUGUUCCAUAUCUUCGUUCUGAGUACGGCAAAGAUUAUGAAUAUGAUGCACCUGUGAAGUUGUUGGAGAAGCACCUACAUGCAAUGGCACAGUCACCUGAUGAGCAGUUAGUGGUGGUUUCCCAGGUGCUUGUGGCUGAUAUCAAUAUUGGCUACGAAGAUAUUGUUAACACUCAGGUUGUUGCUUUCAAUGGAAAACCUGUCAAAAACCUUAAAAGCUUGGCGAAUAUGGUAGAAAGUUGUACUGAUGAGUUCCUGCAGUUUGACUUGGAGUAUGAACAGUUUUCCCAUAUCAGCUGGAGGCCUUUUCCCGUGGAAAUGAAGCAUUGUUUCCUAUGCAAUAUUGGGGCUGCUGUGAAGUGACUGUUGGUUUUUCAAUUCCCUCAUUUAUUUGAGUAUAUGAAGAGAUUUGGGGUUGUUUUUUGGACAGAAUUUGAACAAUUUUAUGGGGACUGUUUGGUGGCUGUUUUGGGGAGAAUUCCAAGAGACUUACAGAUUUCUGGACAGAUUUCUACUGCAGUUUUUAGGUGUCUUUUGGCCUUAUAUUUUCAGCUUUUAAUUAAUGUUUUGUGGCUGUUUGUAUUUCUCUUUUAUGCCUAUAUAUAGAAGAUGUUUGUGGCUGUUUUUGGUGGUGAAAAAUGUUAUUUUUGGACUAAGAAAACCUGAGGGUUUCUUGGAAAAAGCUUGAGAGCUUUGUUCCACUUCUUCUACUUCUAUGGAAAUCUUGCGAGCUCUUUCCAACCUUCGUCUUGGCUUCUAAUCUCUUUCUUCUCUCUGCAAGUGCCAUUCCAUCUGUAUCUUUCUUCUCUAAGUGAAGCAAGUUUAGGCGUGUGUCCAAGUUUGUAAGUGUUUUUUUGUAAGUGACAUGAAAUGUAAGAGUUUUCUCUAAUAUUAUGGAAGUGUCUUUGUUUCUUA